UUGUUUGACAGCUGGACAGUGAAGUGAUAAGGUUUGUGUAAACACCAGCAGAGCCGAGGUUCUGUUCUGUCCACACCACCACAGCGCUGCACAGACAUGGCUGGACUGCAGAUCCUCAGGAAAAGGCUGUUACUGCUGUUCUUUCUGGUUCUUUACGCCAUUUCUUCAGGGUUCUCCAUGGAAGUUUGUUCCAACACCAUUCUACCCGGAUCUAAAGGAGAUCCCGGCGAGGUCGGAGAUGCAGGAGAUGAGGGACGACUCGGGAAAACCGGACCACCGGGGCAAGCUGGUGUCCCAGGGGAAAAUGGAGAGAAAGGAGACACUGGGAGAACUGGGAAACCUGGACCUGCAGGAGAACAAGGAAAAACAGGGGAUCCAGGGACUGCUGGAGAUUCAGGGUUAAAGGGGAAAACAGGUUCGACGUGUGACUGUGGGAGAUACAGGAAAGUAGUUGGACAGAUGGACAUCAACAUCAACAAACUGAAAAACAACAUCAAGUUUCUUAAAACCGUGAUUCUGGGUGUUAAGGAGACGGAGCAGAAGUUCUACCUGCUGGUAAAGGAGGAGCGUAAACACAGUGAUGCUCAGCUGACCUGCAGGCUAAGAGGUGGGACCCUGGCUGUGGCUGACAGCAAGAACAUCAGCACACUGCUGGGUUCCUACAUCAGCGAGGCAGGUCUCACUCACGUUCUCGUCGGAACCGGAGAAGAACACGAGCAUGUGGGAAACUCCACAGUUUCAGGUGGCAGCUGCACACACCUGGCAUCUAAUGGAGUGCUGAGCCCCACUGAGUGUGAUGCCCAGAAGUUCUACAUCUGUGAGUUCUCUAGGAACUAAGAGCAAAAUCUUCAUACAGAAAGACAACUGGAGAGGAACAAGUUCUUUAGAGAUUCCUAGAGUACUGGAAACUCUUUCUGAUGGGAAACGUGGUUUUGACGAAUGUGUGGAAAUUGUAGAAUAAUCUGUUAUAAAAUAAUUUAAGACUCAUUUUAAAAUUACUGUAUUUCAUAUAAUUAUACGUAAC